GUUCUAGUGACCUGGUUAAUUGGAUUACCACCAAUAGAAACAUGUACUCCAUUCGGGCUAUCGUUGUGAUGUUCUCUAUCAUUCUUGGACUGGCAUGUGCAGCACCAGGUGGAUAUCACCAUAAACACGUCAGAAUCAUCGUUCCCUCUCACCACCACACCGUCCACCAUCACCACGUAGAAAAAAUUCACGUGCCAGUUCCAGUACCGAUAAUAAAAAAAGUUAUUGUUCCCGUCGAGACUCAUCAUGAUAUCCAUCAUCACGAUAUCCACCAUGAUCAUCUUGAUUUACAUCACGGUCUUGAUUUGCACCAUCACGACGAUUUCCAUGGAGGCUGGUGGUAAAUGCUGAUUUACCAUGGUUCGAAGAAUCCCCCGCGUGUAUUAUAGCUCAAUCAGUGAUGUA